GCCUAACGACGAGCUAUUUUCCGUUAUUUUUAAAUCUCUGAUGUUGUUUGAUUCCGAUGAAGCUGUUGAAUUAGUGUAACGUAUCCGGAUUAAAUAUGUCAGAAAACGAUCAAACGUGUUUGCCGCUUAUUAUUUAUUACAUGAGGGAGACAUACUACAGACAUGCCAUAAACACAGCUGAGGAGAAUUUAAAGUCGUAUAAUAAUGAUCCAGUGCUCAAGUUUUUCAAAGCUUUUGCGACUCUGAUGGAAGGUAACACACAAGAGGCUUCGAGAGAGUUUCUUCAGCUGAGAGAUCAUCCUCAUCUGUCUCUGUGUUCAACAGUAGCUCUCAUACACACACAGCAAACCUCUGAAACAUCUCGCAUUGAUUCAGUGUCUCUCCUUUCAUCCACAUCAGAUCUAGAUGAAGCUGUGGCCGGAGACAGAGCCUUGUAUUACACAGCGCUGCUCUUCUGGAUCCUGGAGCUCGAUCUCGGUGCCAGGACAUGUGUUGAAAAGAUGCUGAAACUCUCUGAAAGCUCCCCGGAAGGGCUUAUUCUGAAGGGCUGGAUGAUGUUGACCUCUGACACGGAAGAGGACAGACCUCAGGCGAUACGCUACUUUGACAGCGGUGUUCAGGACACUGGGAGUGUAUUUGGACUCAUGGGAAAAAUGGAGUUCUUCAUGAUGAAGCAGAACGAGCAGAGCUCACUAGGAAAGCUGAUUGUGUUUCAGGUGAAAAAGCGUCUUCAGGCUUUAAUGAGUGUGGCUGAGAUCUCUGAGCCCUGCAAUCCCAGCAUGCAUCUGGAGAUCACCGCAGCCAUCAGCCGACUGUGUGGACACAACCCAGAGAUCCUGCAGAUGUUGACAGUGUUUGUGCGUCGAGAGUCUUCACGUGCACCAGCGGCGUCUGAUGUCUUCUGUGAGCUGGGAUAUCUGCUCAAUCACCAGAGCAAGUAUAAAGAGGCCCUUAAGUGCUACUCUACAGCGCUGAAAACAGACCCCGAGUGCACCUCUGCAUUACUGGGCACUAUUAGAUGCCAGCUGAUGUGCGAUCAUCUCGAGGAAGCCGCCCAGCACCUCACGUUCUUCUGCGAAGUGCAAGAGUCUCUUGGAAAUACAGCGGAAGUUCCUCUGCUGAAGGCCCUGUUGGGCAGGAAGCAGAGCGCAGGUGAGGAGACGGUGAUGGAGCUGCUAAAAGACGCCACAGAGCUCCAUUUCUCUGCUCUUCGAUUUUGCCCUCACACCUGGACAAACUCCACCAUUGUGGCUGAAACACUCGCAUACGAUCAUGGAAACAGUGGUCAGAGCUGUUCCUGGCAUGACCGUGAGCUCCUUCUAGGGGAGCACCGAACAGCCCAGCACUUUCUGACCCUGUGCACAGAGAAAGAUGCGUCUGUCCUGGAGCACGAGGCCGUUCUGUGUUUCAAAGGCACACCGGAGGAGACGCGUCUCGUGCUUGCUAAUGUGGAUCUGGCUUUAGCGAGAGAUGACGUGGACGCCGCUGUAGUAAUGCUGCAAAACAUCCUCCCUACUGAGUCAACCUUCAUCCAAGCCCGGGAGAAGAUGGCUCAGAUAUACCUGGAGAGGAAACACAAUGAGAAGCUUUACAUCACAUGUUACAAGGAAAUAAGUGAGCCGCUUCCAGGACCUCAUACUAGGAUCUUGUUGGCUGAUGCCUUCAUGAAGAUACACCAGCCAGAGGAAGCAGUCAAGAUCUACCAAGAAGUAGAGAAAAUUGCUCCGAAAGAUUCUUUGGCUAAGAAAACAGGCCAGGCUUUAGUGAAGGCUCAUGAAUAUGACAUGGCUGUGAGUUAUUAUGAGACGGCUCUGGAGACUGAAACGCUGGACAGUUUUAGGAGUGUAGAGCUGUCCGAACUGCUGCUUACUGUUCUGGAAAAGGCCUUGGAACGUGAACCUACAGCUGCGCUGGCCUCCAUGAUGAAUCAAGUCUUAGUGUUACGAGUGUUAGUGAAUAUACUACGCGCCAGGAACCCGUCUGCCCUGGAUGUCAUGAAAAGGGAGCUCUGUCUGAAGAUCCUGCAGCUCCAUCAGAAACACUCCUCUACCUGGAUGCUGUUGGCUGAUACAUUGUUUUGGAAGAACCAAAAAGAGGAAGCAGUCCAGAUUUAUGCCAGAAUUAUGGCGCGAAACCCAGACAACUUUCAUGUCAUGGCCAAGUUUCUGCACGUUCUGCGCAGGAAGAGGAAACUGGAAGACGUGCGGUCUGUGUUUAUAGCGUGUGAGAUGUUCAGUCCACUGUCGGUCAGAGAAGCAGGUUAUGAUUACUGCAAGGCUCUCUACUUCUGGCACUCGUGGCAGGUGACUGAAGCUCUGGUGCACCUGAGCAAGGCCAGAGGAGAUGCAGUGUGGGGAGGACCAGCGGUGAUCUGCCUGAACCCUGACAGACACGUCUUCGGAGGAGAAGGAGAUGAUUUCAUGCAGUUUGUCUGUGAUUGUUUCUCCAGCAGUGACUCGAGAAGAAGCACAGCUCACAAUAUACUCUCCGUGUUUCGCCCGCGAUCUCAAUCUGAGCAGGACAAACUCAAGCUGCUCUUGAAUCGGUGUCGAAUCUACAGCAAAGAGACCAAAGAUGUGGAGCGAGCCGUGCUGGAGCUCUCAGAGCCGCAGGCUGAGAACAAAUGUAACAGCCCUGAGGUCAAGUGUUUCUCAGUGAAGUGCUGUCGGUCUGUAGGGGAUGUUGGAAACUUCCUCAAACGUCUGAGCAGGAUGGAGUGGAGCGACACGAACACGGAUGACCUGGAGAACGCCUGCCUGCUCCUGGCUGACAUGUACAUCAAGACGGGAAAAUACACUCCAGCGGACAAACUGCUGGAGCUCUACAUACGACACAACGAGUCGUGUAGUAAGGCGUAUGAGUUUCGGGGUUUGAUGAUGCAGAGCGAGCAGAGACACAGCAGUGGAGCACAUCCUGCAGUCGGUGCGACUUCAUCAUCAAACCAUCAACACACUGUACAUCUACAGUUCCCUCAGAAACACUUGCUUUUGAUUCUCUUGCAGGAUUUCGUUCUGCAGAAGUGUCCAGAUUACACACAGAUCCAAGACCAGCUCCUGACCCCAGCUCAGCUCUCUCUCCGUCUUUGA